CGUCCACCCUCUUGACUCCAGAGGCUGAGCACUCCAGAAUCGAGAGUUUCAGCAGGAUCAAAGCGCCGCCUGCCAGACUUUGAAGGAAAGGUUCUGGAGCACUGGGCCUCAAAGGGACUUCAGCGCUGGCAGCACCUUGGCAGACGUACUGCACUUUGCAGGUUCAGCCUUUAAUAGACGCUUUUCGGCCCGGGGUUCGAUAACUUUCUGAGUUGCGCGAAUAUUUGUGCGCGGUUGGCAAGAAGAUUCCCGAGGGGAAGGAAGGCUUAACAUUUGCUUGCUGUGAUCCGGGUAACAGCUAGGGCCGUGCAUUUACCAAGAUGCAAAGCAUCCAGGAACUAGAAACUAAUCUGACUACAUAUUAUGCACAAUUACAGCAGGCUCGACAAUUGGCGGCCUCGGACCCAUCAAAUGAGGAGUACCCAACCAUUGUGCAGGACCUUGAGGAGGUGAUCAACCUCACAGCGGACCUGCUGACAGAAGCCCGAUCCACGGCCUCUGCAGCCGCACCUGCCCCUGUCGUCCCUCCAAGUCAAGCCCUCACCGCAGCUCUAAAUGUUGGCGUACGAAAACCGGAGCCGCGAGUCGUCUUGAAGAAGACACCAGAGGGGCGGUUACCGAUCGGGAGCAAAGUCGAGGCCUUGUAUCGAGAAGAUGGGGAGUGGUACAAGGCUACGAUUGAAGACUUCACAGAUGCGGGGUACCUCAUCAAGUACGAUGACUUUGAAGACAAGGAAGAGGUUAUGGUGGAGCAAGUCCGGUCGGCCGAGGGCCCCGGCACCAACCCCCUAGCAGACGCCGAGAAAGUCGCGGAGGAGGCGCGGCUGGCGCUGAAGCGCAAGAUUGCCGAGGCGGCCGAAAAAGACCCGGACAUGCCGAAGGACCUGCCCAAGAGCCUGCGGAUCAAUCCCGACGACUCGGAAGAAGUUCGGGCGACCAAGAGGAAGAAGAUCCAUCAGUGGAAGUCGAAGCAGCGGUUUGAAAAGCUGGAGGUGACCCAGAACAAGCGACAAAAUGCCUGGCAACAAUUCCAAACGUCCGGGUCGAAGAAAAAGGCGGGAUUCUUCACGGGCAAGAAGAAGGAGAGCAUCUUCAAGUCUCCCGACGACCUGAGUGGAAAGGUUGGCGUCGUUGGUAGCGGAAAGGGACUUACAGAUUUCAGUGGUAGACAGAAGCAUUUGCACUCUCGGCAAGACAAUGACACGUGAUUGUUAAAGUUUGCAUCCUGCACCUGAUUCUCAAAAGAUACUCCUUCUGGUGUUGUUCUCAAGCAACGCUUACCAACUUCUCGUAUUUUGUACGAUUUUGUCUAACGUGCUCUUCUUCGAAAGCUAUUCUUGAUAACGAGCAGACUGCCUG